AUGGCCAAUCUACCACCAGCCAAUUCUCCCAACCUUGUUCUGGCUCACCCCACCAAGGAGGAAAAGAGACAGACAUGGACCCUGACUGCCAAGAACUGGGGAAAUGCCCUUUCUUUGGACGAUUAUCUAGAGAGGGAGGAAUUCCUUGAAAACAUCCCUCAGACACAAGAUGGAGGAGUUACACACUGGAUUCUCACAGAUUCAACCCUCCCUCCAAACUCUCGUCCCCUUCUCUCCUCCUGCGAAUCGCUGCGUCGUCCAACCAUCCUCGCUCUGCCAGAUGGAACCAUCAAGUCUGGUGUAACUCACGGCAUCGGUUCUGUGUUCUGCCCCCCAGAGUAUCGAAAAAUGGGAUAUGCCACUCGGAUGCUCAAGCUACUCGGCCCAGCCCUUGCAACGCACCAGAAGGAAAUAGCAGAAUGUCCAUUCAGCGUCUUAUACUCAGACAUCGGAAAGAAAUACUACGCCAACCUGGGAUGGAAAGUCUUCCCCAGCUCCCAUCUAUCACUGCCUGCAAUCCCGCCCACCACAACCAACGGCCACAACGAAAUCAAUGGCACAUCCAGCAGCAACUCAACAGCAACCCCUCUCACCCAAGAAGACUUCCCCGACCUCCUUAAACAAGACCUCGACCUCCUCACCAAACAAGUCAAAACCACCGCAAUCGCAACCAAAAAACCAUCCUUCGCCAUCAUCCCCGACUCCGAAACCAUACAAUGGCACCACCUCCGCCAAACCUUCAUGCUCUCCAAACUCUUCCCCACCCGCGCCGCCCCCACCAUCAACGGCGCCAUCUCCACCGGCGCCCCAGGGUCCCGCAUUUGGAUCAUCUUCUCGCGCGUCUUCUACGGCCCCCUCACUGACGCCGCCGCAGGGAAUAAAUUCUACGUGCUCCGGCUCGUGGUGGAGGAUGAGCGUGUGAGCGACGAGAAUGCGGAGAAACUUGCUGCGGUUCUGAGGGUUGCGCAGAGGGAGGCCGGGGAGUGGGAGUUGAAGAGCGUGGCGGUUUGGAAUGUUAGUGGAGUUGUGAAGGAGUUGCUGGGGAAGACGGGGAUGCAGUGGGAGGAGGUGGAGAGGGAGGAGGAUAGUAUUGCUAGUUUGAUGUGGUACGGUGAGGGUGAGGGGGGGCCUGCGGAGGUGGAGUGGGUUGCUAAUGAGAAGUUUGCUUGGUGUUAG